GAGAGUCGCUUGGACAUUCCUGCCAUCGCCAAUAUUAUUUUAGUUGUGUGGAGAGCAGCUCGUUCACAGCGGCUCGUUCAGUGUGCGUCUCUGCUCGGAUCUGGCUCUUGGUUCGGCUCCUGACGCGCUGCUCUCUUUUGACAAGCUUUGAAUCUUCUGACUAAAAGAGCUUGAGAACUGAAGACAGUAUCUGAGCUCAAGAGGACACAAUGUCUGGAUCGAUCCCGUUCUACCAGAAACACCACCGACAUUAUGAUCGCGGCUACCGUAGCCGAGAGACGCAGUCUGCUAUCAGUCAAUACCAGCAGAGCUCUAGCACUUACUCUUCACAUAGCAGCAAAAGCAGCAAGGGCAUCAGAGCUGCCACAUACACGGCUCUAGGUGAGGGUGGGCUGAGCCCUCAGAGAGCCAAACCAACCUAUCUGGCCAUGGACAAGGAGAACCAGAUCAUCGGUUAUGUGGUGCCCAUCUUCAGGGGCAGUCAUGAGUUUCAAAGCGGCCUGUCAGACACUGAAGAAGCUCGCGCUAAAGAGAGCGCCGGGUAUCUGGCACGUCGUGACCUCUUCGCUAGCGGCGUGGAGUCGGAGCGCAUCGAACACAAGUCCCACAGAACCGUCAUGAGGGAGUCGGCAGAGCGCAUCUCGCUUAGCAAGAGGAUCCAUGAGAACGAAGAGUACCAUAAGCGUCUGAACGAGGACAGCCUGAUGCACACACCCGAGUUUGUGAUCAAGCCACGAUCCCACACUGUUUGGGAAAAACAGUGUGUGCGGCUGCACUGUACCAUCUCAGGAUGGCCUGAACCACGUGUUGUGUGGUACAAGAACAAUGUCAGCAUUGAUCCGAUGGCCAAGCCAGGGAAGUACAAAGUGGAGGGCAGCUACAGCGUCCACUCCCUGGAGAUUAACAAGUGUGACUUUGAUGAUACCGCACAGUAUCGUGUGUCAGCCAUGAACAGCAAGGGCGAGACUUCUGCCUUUGCUUCUGUUGUCGUCAAAAGAUUCAAAGGAGAAGUUGAUGAGUCUCUGCCGUCUCCCAGACUCCUACCGUGUCUGGAGUAUGGAGUGAAGUUCGAGACGCACAUCGUGGAGAAGUUUGGUGUGUCUUUUGGUCGUGAGGGUGAGACGCUGAGUUUUGGCUGCUCUGUUAUCAUCUACCCGGCACUGCAGCGCUUCCAGCCUGAGAUAGAGUGGUACAGAGACGAUAAACUGCUGGUGCCAUCAAAAUGGGUUCAGAUGCACUGGAGCGGCGACCGAGCGACUCUUACUCUCUCACACCUCAACAAGGAGGAUGAAGGACUCUACACACUUCGCGUCAUCACCAAAUCUGGCUUUGAGACUCAUUCAGCAUAUGUCUUUGUCAGAGAUGCUGAUGCGGAGGUUGCAGGAGCUCCUGGUGCACCUUUAGAUGUCCAGAGUCUGGACGCCAAUAAGGACUAUGUCAUUGUUACCUGGAAGCAGCCUGCUGUGGACGGAGGAAGCCCCAUUUUAGGAUAUUUUGUUGACAGGUGUGAAGUUGGUACGACACACUGGUCGCAAUGCAAUGACACUCCGGUGAAGUUUGCACGCUUCCCUGUAACAGGUCUGGUGGAAGGACGAAGCUAUGUGUUUCGAGUGCGUGCGGUGAACAAGGCAGGCAUGAGCCAUCCAUCCCGUGUGUCUGAACCAGUAGCUGCUAUGGACCCUGCAGACCGCACUAGAAAAGGUCCCUCUGCUCCUUGGACUGGACAAAUCAUUGUGACUGAGGAGGAGCCUGUGGAGGGAGUGGUUCCCGGCAGACCUCGUGAUCUCUCAGUCAUUGAAGCCACUAAAAACUAUGUGGUGUUGAGCUGGAAGCCUCCAGGGGACAAGGGCCACGAAGGGGUUAUGUAUUACGUGGAGAAGUGUGUGUCUGGCACUGACAGCUGGCAGCGAGUCAACACUGAAAUCCCCGUCAAAUCUCCACGUUUUGCUCUUUUUGAUCUGGCCGAGGGAAAAUCUUACCGCUUCCGUGUUCGCUGCUGCAACUCAGCUGGUGUUGGUGAACCAUCAGAACCGACUGAAGCCACCACGGUUGGGGACAAGCUGGAUAUCCCAUCAGCCCCUGGCCGUGUGGUUCCUACUCGCAAUACAGACACAUCUGUGGUGGUUUCAUGGGAAGCUUCACGUGGCGCUAAAGAGCUGGUGGGCUACUACAUUGAGAGCAGCAUUGCAGGGAGCAACACUUGGGAGCCAUGCAACAACAAACCAGUUAAAUGCACAAGGUUUAUCUGUCAUGGCUUGACCACUGACGAGAGUUAUGUUUUCCGAGUAAGAGCCGUCAAUGCUGCAGGAAUCAGUGAAUUCUCCCAGGAAUCAGAAGCCAUUAAAGUUAAAGCUGCUAUUGGGGGCGGUAUUCUUCAUGCUUCACCCACCCCACCCUACGGCAUCUCUGUGCUGGAGUGUGUGCGGGACUCGAUGGUAUUAGCCUGGAAACAACCCACUUUCAUCGGCGGCGCUGACAUCACUGGUUACUUCGUUGAUUACCGUGAGGUCAUCGGUGGAGUCCUGGGAAAAUGGCAUGAGGCGAAUAUUAAAGCUGUCAGUGAGCGAGCUUACAGAGUUUCAGAGCUAAAGGAAAACAUGCUGUACCAGUUCCAGGUACGUGCUGCCAACAUGGCUGGUGUGGGCAUCCCGUCUCUUCCCAGCGAGACAUUCAAGUGUGAGGAGUGGACUAUUGCUGUACCAGGACCACCCCAUGACCUCCAAGUGCAGGAGGUGCGUAAGGACUCUCUGGUCUUGCUCUGGAAAGCGCCGGUCUAUCAGGGUCGUGAUCCUGUCAAUGGAUUCUACAUUGAUAUCAAAGAGGCUGACGCAGACUUUGAGAUGUGGAGAGGAGUCAAUGAGAAAGCUACUGACAAGACAUUCAUGAAGAUCAAGGAUCUGAAGGAGGGGGAAUCGUAUGUUUUUCGUGUGCGUGCUCAGAACAAGGCUGGUGUGGGAAAAGCAUCAGAUCCUACAGAACCAGUUGAUGCAGUGACUAAACCAGGUACGGCUGAGAUAGUCGUGAAUGUUGACGAUGAUGGUGUCAUUUCACUGAAUUUUGAGUGCUCUAACCUCACCGCUGACUCCAAGUUUGUCUGGUCCAAGAACUACAUGGAAAUGACAGAACCUGAACGCAUGACUUUAGAGACCAAGGGUAGCAAGUCCAAAGCCAUCUUUAAAACCCCUUCAGAAGAAGAUCUGGGCAUCUACUCUUGUUUUGUGACACACACUGAUGCAGCCUCUGCCAGCUACACACUCUCUGAGGAAACUCUAAAAGAUCUCCUGAAGAUCAGCCACGAACACAAAUUCCCCAUCAUCCCUCUGAAGACAGAGCUGGCCGUGGAGCUGCUGGAGAAGGGCAGGGUUCGCUUCUGGUUGCAGGCUGAGAAAAUCUCUGCCAAUGGAAAAGUUGAAUACGUGUUCAAUGACAAUGUGAUCCACCAGGGAGAGAAAUACAAGAUGAACUUUGAUAAAAAUACUGGCGUCAUUGAGAUGUUCAUGGAGUCUCUGGGCAAAGAAGACGAGGGAACGUUCACUUUCCAGCUUCAAGACGGCAAAGCCACCAACCAGUCCAGUCUAGUGCUGAUUGGAGAUGUGUUCAAGCAGUUACAGAAGGAAUCAGAGUUCCAGAAAAAAGAAUGGAUUAGAAAGCAAGGUCCACAUUUCGUGGAGUAUCUCGGUUAUGAAGUCACACCUGAGUGCUGUGUGAGACUGAAGUGUAAGGUUGCUAAUAUGAAGAAAGACUCUGUGGCGCUGUGGUAUAAGGAUGGACGAGAGAUCAAGGUCAAUGAGAAACUGGAUUUCUCUGAAGGAGUGUUGACUUUGGAGAUCACUCAGAUCUCCAAAAAAGAUGCCGGUAUAUAUGAAGUAGUUCUGAAGGAUGAUCGAGGCAAAGACACCUCCACCCUCAACCUCACAGACCAAGGAUUCAAAGACCUGAUGAACCAGGUUUUCAGUGUUAUUGCGAACUCCUCCACUCCACUGAAGAUCCAGAGCACUGAGGAGGGAAUCAGGCUUUACUCCUUCGUCAGCUACUACAACGACGAGCUGCAUGUCACCUGGCAUCACAAGGACGCUGCGAUUGCAUUCACUGAGCGCAUUAAGAGCGGAGUGGUGGGAGAGCAGCUGUGGCUGCAAAUAUCUGAACCCACAGAGAAAGAUAAAGGCAAAUACGCCAUUGAGUUCUUCGAUGGGAAAGGAGGCUUGCGCAGAACUGUGGAGCUGGCUGGACAAGCAUUUGACGAUGCAUUUGCUGAAUUUCAAAGACUCAAGGCUGCAGCUAUUGCAGAGAAAAAUCGUGCGCGUGUGGCAGGUGGUCUGCCUGAUGUUGUGACCAUCCAAGAGGGCAAGUCUCUGAACCUGACCUGCAAUAUCUCGGGCGACCCUGUACCCGAGGUCACCUGGCUAAAGAACGAGCGCGAGAUGGUUUCCAACGAUCAUUACAUUCUGAAGUUUGAGUCGGGCAAGUUUGCCAGUUUCACCAUCACUAGCGUCAAUACGUCUGACUCCGGCAAGUACAGCAUCCUGGUAAAGAACAAGUACGGUACGGAGAGCGGCGACUUCACCUUGAAUGUGAUCGAAAGCAUGGUCGAUUUUGGUGUGAUGUCAUAUCUGGCCGACGCAGAUGGAAACGUAAUUGUUGGACCGACAACUCCUGUGCCAACGCCUUCAACCAGAUCAGUUCCCACAACACCCAGCCCAGCUGCCCCAACCCUAACAUCAACCCCGGCCAAUACAAACCCCCAAAAUAAAACUAGAGCUACCCCAACCCCCAAAAAUCAAACCCCAAGUAUAGAACGUUCCUCAACCCCACCUGCUCAGAUCCCCAAAAACCAAUCCCCAGGUUCCCCGACCCCUCAAAAUCAUACGUCAGAUACACUGAUCCUCUCCACCUCAAACACAUCCACUCCUCAACCCUCCACUCCCACAUCAGGCGAGAAGUCAGCCAAUACAUCAAUGGACAAUGAGAAGAUAACAUCGAUGCUGAAAGAUUCUGUGGAUAAUCUGGGGUUAUCCACCUCAGAGACGGAGCUGGUUGAUGCCAUGCAUCUCACAGAACAUGAGGCCACAACUUCAUCAGAACCAGACGAAUCUACACCAGCCCUUGAAACCGAAAACCUCGAAAAUGUGUGUGAAACCAAAGAUGAUUAAAAAUGCUUGAGGACACAGCUUAACUGUAUUAAUAUGCUUUAGAUCUUGAUAUAGGACAUGAACCAUGUUAGUUACGCUUUUAGAGAUUUCUUUUCUUUGCUUGUUCACCAGUGCUUUAGAAAAGUUUGAU